CAAACGUGCUUAGUUCUUUAUCAUCUCGUGACUGUUGUAAAUCCUUUGGAUAGUUAAAGUUUCUGGAAGUUCUCGAUUUGUUGUGCAAGUGCGAAGUAGUUAUUUGCUUAUGUUAACGACUUCCCUUCAAAGAACACUAAAUUGUGUAUUAUUAUCGGUGUUCCCUAGUUCAAUUGCCGUGUUGGAGACGAGACCUUCAGCUGUGCUCUCAACAUACCUCGGAGCAUGGCUUACAAAAGAGCCGAGUGCCUAAUAUUCUUGCCCAAGCAGGAUGUCUGGAAGGGCUCUGGAAGCCGCAGACACUCGUGCACGACCAGAGGGACACGGAACUUCGCUCAGAAAGCUAACAGCGUCAAGGGGUACGUUCUCCUGGCCUCGGAGUUCGUCGAACAGCACCCGAAGUUGGUUCAACUCUUCGACAAGAACAGUCUCCUCGUCGUACGAAAUCGCGAUGUGCCACGUCUCCCCGCCACUGAUGAGGAAAUUGACUUCGUCUACGAGAUCUUCCUCGACGAUAGCCCGUCGGCCAGCGUGGACCCACUCUCCAUAAGCACGGACCAUGAACAUACCAGUCUCCUACCCCUCCACUCCCGUCUGAUCUGUUACACCACCGUCACAUUUUCGAGCGAGGUCUGGAAGGCAAGCGACAUGCGCCCUGCCGUCGACGAUUCCAACCGCAAAGCCUUCCGCCGCCUCGUCGCUCGCAGCUUCCGGUUGAGACAUUCUGACACCGGUGGCAUUCUGCACCUGGCAACCUCCAGGCGGCAGGAGGUCCUAAUGCGGAUGGCGCUUGAGAAUGGUGCCGAGAUUAACGGUAAAUCGGAAUUUGGUAGAACAGCAUUGCACCUGGCCGCCAUCGAAGGCUCUGUCUCUCUUGUGAAGGUACUUCUCGAGAAGGGCGCUGAAGUGAAUGUGUAUGACCGCGACGGCUUCUCCCCGCUUCUUGGUGCGUGUGGCUUGGAGUCGAUCGAUAUAUUGCUCGACUACGGUGCUCAAGUUGACUUCAGUCACUUUAAAAAAUUUUACCCUGUCUCCCCCUUCAAAAAAUUGCAGCUCCUCCUAGAGUGCGGCCUCAUUGAUCCUGAGCUGCUGGCGAAUCAGUUAGACCUCCCUCUCUUCAGAACAUAUGGGCAGUUGAGGCUCAGAUAUAUCGGAGACCACGUGGUCAAAGUUAUGGCCUUGCACGGCCUCACCGACUUGAGGAAUUUCAAUGUUGAAGAUCAUUGGAAAUACUGUAGAAGCCACAUGGCGAGAUUCAGGGAGGAAUGCGACGCGGAAGUCGCUUCGAUGAAGAGACACAAGUUCAGCGGUACCGACGUGUCGAUGCGCGACGCCCUGGCGCGGAGCGAUUACCACCUGUACCGGCUCUUGAAGAACCCGGCUGUGUCCCGAGCGAUCGGGCCGGAUGCCAUCAAAAAACGGUACCCUAUCUAUGGGGGCAUUUUGAACAAUCACUUCCGGAAAGGGAGACACCGAAGAUGGUUGCAGAGAGAGGGCGUCGAAAGCCUGAAGCUCCUGUCGCGGGGAUUCCACCGGCUGCCGGACGAAAUCGUGGAGGAGAUCGUCGGUUGCUUGAGCACGGUAGAUAUUUUGAAACUCAGACGUGCCAGUGCGGGUCAGCCCUAACGAGUAAAUCAUCACACUCUCCAAAAUUUACAUUUGUAAAGACUAUCGUCAGUGCAAAAUACCGUUUCACUGUAUAUACAACAAAUAAAUAUGCUUUUCAUAGUUAGAAAGAAAAACAAGAUGGAUUCGAAAUAGAAGGCCUCUGACUUUAAAAACUUAUUUUUUGUCUAGAGAACCAGAAAAAUAUUCCCGAUUUUUUUUUUUUAUUUAGUUUUAUACUUAUUUUUCCUCAUGGAGAAACCUUUAAAUCUUGCAUUAUUAGGGAAACUACGUGACGUCUCCUUGUCAUCAAUUUCCCUAGGACUGUCGUGAAGUCACUUUUUGUGAGAGAGACAGCCUCACCAAAUAAAUUGUUUCUCGUCAAUUUUCCGCUAAAUUUUAAACUUUUUAGAAUUGCCUGUUAAUUAGAAUAGAAUUGUCCUGAAAAAAUAAAGUUUCCUUCCAGGUAUUUUUUUCCCCCAGUGCGAACAGAUUUUGACAAUUUUCAUUUUAUAGUUUUGUUGUCUGUUUAAGUUCUGCUGCCGGCUUUGAAGCAUAUAUUACGCCUUGGCUCAUCAAAAUUGUGAAGAUUAGAAGAUUAAUGAUUUAAAAAAUUUACUAUCUUAUGUCACUGGAUAAAUGUAAUUUUCUUUCCUUGUUCCUCUUUGUCGAUUUCCGAACUCAGUUUUAGGGUUUUGUAAUACUCUUAACAUUUUCAAAAUAUUUCUUCUUAUUAAUACGUGUGCUUCACAGUUUGGUAUUUUUGUUUAUCAUUUAAUAAAGUUUCUAUUUCAAAUUCAAAA